AUGGAGGGAUUGGUGAAGAAAUACCAGCAAAGAUUUAGAAAAGUAAGAGAAAUAAUGGAUGAAUGGGAGGAGCUUCAAUCUCGAUUAAUUGAGAAAUUUCGUAACGCUUCUGUUAUUAUUGAGAGGUUAAAGGUGAUUCAAGAUGGUAACAAUUAUGGGAAUUUGAAGAGUGUGGAUGGCAUUGUAGAUGCAGUGGUGAGAAAGCAGAUGGAGUCUUUGCAGACCCUUUUGCUUUCCAUGAAUAAGACACUUGAGGAGUUUCGCGGUUUGGUUUUGGGUAUCGAGAGGAUGAAUCGUGAUGGUAGACAGUUAGUUAAAGGUGGUGGAGGUUCUAAUCAGCUGAAUGCGAAACAAUUGCGGCAACGAAUAGGGAUUAAACCAUGUCUUGCUGAUUGUUUAGAUGGGCUUAUCAUUCUUCAUGAUAUGCAUCAAGCUGAAUACCUGCUUAAAUCAUCAAUUGUUUCAGCACUUUCAGCACUCACUUUGAAACCCAGUUCCAGUGAUCUCGGUGCACUGCAGCAACUCUUGAUUGAUCAGCCUAAUAUCCCCAAAGUGGAAGUGCAAGUCAUCUUUGAAAUUGUUUUUGCAGAAGAUAUCUGUUAA